AUGCCCUUAUCGAGAGCCCGUUCACGCCCGCGCAUUCCUCUAUUCCGCAGCCUGAGUGCCAGUGCCGCUGCUCCCGCAGACCUUGCAUCCCAUGACAACGCCACCAUCGCUCAGGAUGAAACUCAACCACCUCGUCAACGCUCGUCCGGCGGCUUCAGUCUUCCCACUCUGUCCACUCUCGCCGGCUUCAAUUUCCACCGUCGCCCGCGAACCAAGUCUGUAGGCAAGCGCAAGAGUCCUGUCCCCGUAGACGACGGUCCAGGUUCCGAGCGAGCGAGCACCACAUCGGCCGGGACCCAAAUCGCCCACGCCCCCAGACUGAGGCCUAAUAAGCCCAAGGAUCUACCGCUGCCGCUGGAGCCGCCCAAUAACAAGACUGUUGACACCAACACCACGCCCAGUGCCACCUCACCAGCCACAGUUGCGCCCACGACACCCACCAGUGCCACCCAACUCGAGCUCGAGCCUGAGCCUAGCGACCCCGAAUCCACCUUGGCCACUGCGGCUCCUGCUUCACACUCACUUUCACUUUCUCUUCACCCGGACACCACAUCCAGCACCACCGCCGGAACCAGAACCUCUAUCCCGACCACAAACACCCAACCCACGACGCCUUCACUCGGCAAUCCGAAUACCAGCAUAGCUGCUCCUCCUGAUCCCGCCCCUUCGCCUCCUACCGAUCCCUCUUGUCCCGUGCUCCGCAUCCAGCGUCCCUCGACUCCGACCAUCCCGACCCUCUCCUCGGUACAAUGCGAUCGACAUGAGACGCUGGACGCUAUGCAGAGAAAAAUAUGGGUGAAACGACCCGGCGCCUCUCCGACCAGAGUCGAAGUCGCCGAAGACGACCUGGUCGACAAUGUGCGCGAUGUCAUCCUGCAAAAAUACGCCAACUCGCUGGGUCGCAGCAUCGAUGCUCCCGACAUCACCCUCAAAAUCAUCAGCCGUGAACACAACAACAAAAAUGUGAGCGCCGAGCGUGCUUUGGGUCCUGAGGAGCCCAUUGGCGCCACCCUCGACGCCUACUACCCCGGCGGCCAACAGGUCGACGAAGCUCUCAUUAUCGAAGUCGCUUCCCGGAGAACCCCCCGCGCCUCUCCUCGCGCAGGAAACCACCAGAUCUCCUACUACUAUACCGAUCAAUACCGUCCCGAUGACGCGGCGCGAGAAUACUUCCCUCCCAUGCCGCUCCACUCUCCUCAUCUUGCUCACGUCCCCCAUCCCAACUCGGUCGGCCACUCCAUGGCCGUCUUGACCACCGGUCAGCUGCCCCCUCUCCCUAGUCCUGGCUCACACGGCCAGAGAAGACAUGCGAGGCCAAAAUAUGGAAGGCAGCACACAAGCAGUCCGACCAUCCUCCAUACCGUGCAACCGAAUGGUCAAGUUAUAGAAUCUAAAGCGCAGCUCAACGCGCCCGCUUCUUCGGCAGCUCCCCUCCCUACGCCACCGCCUCAGGGACCAAAUGAGCACAAGCCUUCCAUCACGCCUCCCAAUCGAGUCUCUUCUCCACACCCUGGGCAAAAACUGAGGAGGCGAAAGGGUCCUGCCUUUGGCCGGUCGGUCAACGGUGACCCACAGGUUCCUCCCACGUCUCUCCCCGCUGCUGCAAAUCUGUUGGACGGAACAGUCCCACCCAUCAACGUCCUGUUAGUGGAAGACAACGUCAUCAACCUGAAACUACUCGAGGCUUUUAUGAAACGCCUGAAGGUGAGAUGGAAAUCUGCAAUGAAUGGUAAGGAAGCAGUGGCCAUGUGGAGGACAGGUGGAUUCCAUCUGGUCUUGAUGGAUAUCCAGCUGCCGGUGAUGAAUGGUCUGGAAGCUACCAAAGAGAUUCGACGGCUCGAGGCCGUAAACGGCAUUGGUGUCUUCAGUGGCAGCCCCAUCGAGACCGCCCUAAAGAGUCCCCAGGCGAACGGAAGUCCUGUAGGCGAGGCGGAUGUCCUGUCCGACCGCAGCCUGUUCAAAAGCCCAGUCAUUAUUGUGGCUUUGACUGCAAGCAGUUUGCAGAGUGACAGGCACGAGGCCUUGGCUGCUGGUUGCAACGACUUCUUGACAAAGCCGGUCAACUUUGUAUGGAUGGAGCGCAAAGUCACUGAAUGGGGCUGUAUGCAAGCACUAAUAGAUUACGAUGGGUGGAGGAAGUGGAAGCAGUUCGCUGAGGAUAAGGGGAAUGAAGACCCAGCCAAGCAGGCGGCCGACGAAAAAGAGGAAAAGGCCAAAGCGAAGGCUGCGCUCAAGGCCAUGUUCUCAAGACCUCCCCCAACGAUCAAGAAGGACAAGGACAGCGGAGCAAAUAGUGGAUCCAACAGCACAACAACGACAGCGUCCACAGCGUCCACAGCGGCCUCCGGCAGCGAGAGAACGUCGACCCCGGUGCAGAAUGGAACGCCAAAGAAAGGAAGUAAUCCGGGCCAAGGCUCAAGUACAAGAGGCCACAAGAGCAAUCGAAGUAUUGCAAGUGGAGGUGGGGGCAACCUAGAGAGCAUGGCGGAGGAGGACGAAAAGGCAGCAUGA